AUGCCGUGCCUUACUGCAGCGUUUUUUUGGAUUCGAGCUGCGAACGGGUGGGCGAACGCUUUGCUCUAUUCUUGUCCUUUGGAGCGAUUUAUCGAUGUUGUCUAUGCUUUCUCCGAAGGAGCUCUCUUUGACAAUAUCAAUGACGCACGGCUCAUCGACAGUCUUAACACGUCGGAAACCAAAUGCCUCGAGAGCGCAUGCACGUUGCUGCGACGGCUUCGCCUAUUGCGAGGCGUCACGCCUCCAACGCGAGCGAAUGUGUGA